GUAGAGGGUUAAUUUCAAGCCCCCACCACCACCACCCACAUGUCCAAUUUGAAAGCCGCCUCUCUACCGGGAGAGGAAGGCUCUUUUUCGGUCAGAUGGCGUGCUGCAGUCCGCCCCCGUCAUUCUCCAGCCCACACAGACAGCAAAAAGGCAGCCAGCGACCAAUACGGUGCGCCGGAGGAGGAUUUCUGCCAGUGAUUUCAGACGAGUUUGCCUGCGGUAACGUCGGCCGGUGAUUGGAGAGCCACCCCUGCGUAAUUACGCGAGUUUUCCCGUCUGCCUGACCUACAGAAGGUUCAUGUGUUUCCUUUCUCCUGCCUAAACUUUCCAGUGCAGCGUGCCAUGUCUCUGCCACGCACGCUUGGGGAGUUACAACUGUACCGGGUGCUGCAGAGGGCCAACCUGCUGGCCUAUUAUGAAACCUUUAUCCAGCAGGGUGGGGACGACGUGCAGCAGCUCUGCGAGGCCGCGGAGGAGGAAUUUCUGGAGAUCAUGGCACUAGUUGGCAUGGCCACCAAGCCGCUGCAUGUGCGUAGGCUGCAGAAGGCCCUCCGAGACUGGGCGGCCAACCCUGCCCUGUUCAGCCAGCCGGUGGCCAGCGUCCCCCUGGGGGGCAUCCCGCUCUUCAAAGUCGACGGGACGGGCUCGAGCGGGUCGGCCGGCGGGCCCAGGAAGUCUGUGACCAACGGCCAGCCGGGGUCCCCCUGCGAACGGGAGGACCGAGCAUGUCUCACGCCGAUGCACAGCGGGAGCCCGAGGAGCCCGUGCUCCCAGGCGUCCCCGCAGCCGCCCGACGCUCACUACAGAGAGAAACUGUCGCCCAUGGAUCCGCACUGGCUCAGCCCGGAGCCCGACGGGAACGGGAACCUGUCCUCGGCCUCCGGAAUCGAGGAGGAGCCGCCCAGCCCGCCCCUGCUGCCGGCCGGCCCCCCCGGUCCCUCCGUAUCUCCGAGCCCCUCCGCGUCGUUUACCCCGGCGGCCAUGUCGGCCUGGCCCGGGGGACAGCUGGACGGCGAGACGGCCAGGGCUGUGGUGGAGAGCGUGGAACGACUCCUCAGGACCCUGCCUCGGUCGGAUCCCACCGAGGUCAAGACUUUGCUGAGGAUGAACAAGAAGCUGGCGAAGACCGUGGGGCACAUCUUCAGAAUGGGCUCCCAGGAUGCAAACAAGGAGGAGGAGAUCCGGAAGUACAGUCUCAUCUACGGGCGCUUCGACUCCAAGAGGAGAGAAGGCAAGCAGCUCACACAUCAUGAGCUGAUCAUCAACGAAGCCGCAGCGCAGUUCUGCAUGCGUGACAAUGCCCUUCUGCUCAGACGGGUGGAGCUCUUCUCCCUGGCUCGGCAGGUGGCGAGAAAAUGUGCCUACACCUCCACACUGAAGCACGCAAGGUCGAAUCCGGAUGAGAACAACAUAUUACCCCAGAAGAGAGCGAGACAUGAGGUGAUGGUGCCUGAGAGUGUGUCAUCGCUUCUCGGAGUGGAGGGAUCUGAAGGCUUGAGUCAACGAGCGGACGAAGACAGCCUAUCCGCAGAAAGCCUGGACGGCGCAUCGCAUGACAUGGGCUCACAGUGCAACCAGUCCCCGUCGCCCCGUCCCCACGGCGACGCCUCCAACCCCGCCAGCUGGAGCCGCCACCUCAUACAGCAGACCCUCAUGGACGAGGGGCUGCGGCUGGCCCGGAUGGUGUCACACGAUCGGGCGGGGAAGCUCAGCCUGGGGUCAGAAGGUCCUCACUCCACAGACCACGACAGUAAAGCCGAGAGGCAGAGCUCCAUAGCAGUGUGCAGGAGCAGUAGCCCCUGUGUCACCAAAGACGAGUCCAACCACCGGGGGAAAUGAAACCCUCAGGGGUUUUCAGGAGAACUCUGCGCUCGAGCCGGACGGUGAAAUCCUGCUGCAGCCGUUUCCUGUUCGGACUGCGUGCGUUUCACUGUCCUCUCAUGGAAAGAACACUCUUCAGUCCACUAUCAAAACAGUGGAAUGGGUGAAAUUAUCAGCAGCGAAUCUCACAAAUCCACAGUGACUUUUGAAUCUUCAAGGUGCGAAAGAAGCCCAAAAUGUUCCCAUGUGAUUUACAUUCGAUCAGCGUGAAGGGACAGGGGCAGAUCUUUGACAAUAUGUCCUGCAGAUGUCAGCUGACAG